AUGGCCCCGCAACUUCACCUAGUUGAUGCCUUUAUAUUACAUCUGAAGCCAUAUCUCCUCCCUACAAGCUGUGCUCGAUCACCUUCGCCCGCGGUGAACCUCAAAUCGAGCAUGGGAACCCAGCAGAGCCCCGAGAGCAGGACCCUCUCUCCCUCUGAAGAAAAGCCUCUUCUCAAAACAGCUCAUCGCAAAGUCGAUAAGAGGCUCCUGCUAUGGUACUCCUUCGUCUACCUCAUCAUGCGAAUCCACGUCAGCAAUAUCAGCAACGCAGCCAUCAUCAACCUAGAACAAGGCACCGGUAUCAAGAAGCAGCUCGGCAAUCUUUCCAGUUCAGAGUGGGCGUGGGCGCUGAGCAUCUUUUAUUAUCCGUACAUGUUCUUCGAGCCUCUGGCCACGCUCGCCUUGAAGAGGUUUACACCUUCGGUGUGGAUGAGCCGGAUUAUGAUUACUUGGGGUAUCAUAUCAAUGUGCCAGGGCGCAACUCAGAAUUAUGCUGGUAUUCUGGCCUGUCGGUUCUUCUUGGGGCUUGCUGAGGCCGGGUUUUACCCUGGUGUUUUGUACCAUCUCAGUUUCUGGUAUCCGACUCAUAGACUUCCGCUAAGGAUUGGCUUCUUUUACGCCUGCGGGAUGUUUUCUGGGACUAUCAGCGGUCUUCUAGCAUACGCAAUUUCGUUUAUGAAUGGCGUCGGGGGUCUAUCUGGUUGGAGAUGGCUCUUCAUUCUGGAAGGAAUUCCCGCCAUAUUUUGCGGCAUCUACACGUUCUUCUUUCUGCCAAACUACCCCGAGACAGUCACCUUCCUCACGGACUCCGAAAGAGAAGCGAUCCUAUCCGAUCUUCCAGAGCAAGCACCGACCAUGAAGUCCAAAACCAUCAACCUUCAACAGGUCAAAGAUCUUUUCCGCGAUCCGACUUUUAUGCCAUUCUUGAUGAUUUGGAUUACCCACGGCAUCGGCGGAUGGGGAAUAUCCUUUGUUCUGCCGACUGUCAUUUACGAACUCGGCAUUUCGAACACUGCUAUUUCACAAGUGAUGACCAUGCCCCCCUUUACCUUGGUCUUCGUGAUACUGUUGACGCUCGCCUUCUUUGUACACACGAAGCGACUUAGUCCCUGGGUCGCUGGCCUGGGCCUAGAAGCUGCCCAGAUCGUUUGCUACGUGCUUCUCAUCACGGUCAAGCAUCCCAUUGCCAAAUACAUUUUCGUCAUGAUUGCAACCGCCGCGUCUCAAAGUUUCUUUGCUAUAAUAUGGCCGGAGCGUAUCAGAGCGGCGAAAGGAACCACGAGCGCAGGCCUCGCCAUCGGUGUGACCAACGCAUCAUGUCAGCUCAUGGGCAUUGUAGGUCCCCAGAUAUACCAGUCGAGAUUCGGGCCCACAUACAGGGUCAGCUACUCCUGCUCCAUCGGCCUGCUCUGCGGAACGCUGUUGGCUGUUUCCGCGGCCGGGUUCUUCGUUUCUAGGCAAGAUCGGAAGGAACGAAGCAAUGGACGCGUAGAAGCAGAAGAAGACUCGGAAGAUAGUGGCCAUAUGAGAGGAACCAGUGUUGAAGGCAAGGCCUAA